AUGGAGCCAUCCAGCAGCGACAGGCUCUUCUGCUGCCCAGGGGUGCGCCGCAGAGUGCCAGAGGCCUACAGAGAUGAGCUUUACCACAUCCUCAGGAUGACAGUGCCAGUGUUGGUCACUAGAAUUCUUGGUUACCUGCCUUCCUUUGUGAUUACCAUGUUCUGUGGCCGUUUGGGAAAUAAUGUAAUGGCUGGCUAUGGCCUGGCUUGUGCUACCAUCAAUAUCACAACAACCUCAACAGGGUUUGGUCUCGCAACGGCCUGUGAUACGCUGGUGUCUCAGACUUUUGGGGGUAAGAACAUGUUGCGUGUUGGAGUGAUUCUGCAGAGGGGGGUCCUCAUCCUGCUGCUGUUCUGUCUGCCCUGCUGGGCUCUGCUCAUGAACGCACAGUCUGUACUGAUCUAUAUGGGACAGGAGCCUGAGGUCACCAGAGUAGCUCAGAUCUACAUGACAGCAUUCAUUCCAGCGGUGCCAGUCAUGUAUCUCCAGCACCUGCAGGUCUCCUACUUACAGAACCAGGUCAUCAUCCUGCCUCAGAUGCUCACUGCUGUUGCAGCCAACAUAGCAAAUGCAAUAACUAACUACAUUCUUGUGCACUGGCUGAAACUGGGCAUCAGCGGUUCUGCUGCAGCCAACACCUUGAGUCACGUCUAUUCCUGUGGGUUCCUUUAUAUUUAUAUUCGGUGGAAAAAGCUCCACGUUAACACAUGGGGAGGCUGGUCCACAGAAGCACUGCAGGAAUGGGGCUCUUUCAUGAAGCUGGCUAUUGCCAGUACAGUGAUGAAGUGUGCAGAGUGGUGGGUUUAUGAGUUUGGAGGCUUCUUUUCAGGAAUGAUAAGUGAAGAUGAGCUUGCUGCCCAACAUGGAGUUGUAAUGAUAGCAUUUCUAACAUACAUGUUUCCUGUGGGAAUUCAAGCAGCCACCUGUGCUCGAGUGGGGAAUGCACUUGGAGCAGGAAACACUGCAAGAGCCAUACUGACAAUGAAAGUCUCCUAUGGUUUAGCAGUUUUCUUUGCUUUAGUACAAGGUACUGUACUUGGCUCCAUUAAACAUUGUAUUGGUUACAUUUUUACCAAUGAUGAAGAAAUUGUAGGCCUGAUCUCCCACUUGAUGAAGGCCUACUGUUUCCUACAGCUUUUUGAUGGCCUUAUGUGUGUGUCAUCUGGCGUCUUUGUAGGCGCUGGGAAGCAGAAAAUCCCAGCUGUGGCUAACAUUGUCGGAUACUAUGGCAUUGGGCUUUCAUCGGCACUGGUGCUCAUGUUCAUAGCCGUGCAACGAGCACACAAGACCACCAACCUGCCAUUGUUAAAAGAAAAUAAUCUCUUAGAAAGUAGGGGUAAUGGCACGUCUGAAACUGAAAAUCCGGUGGAUGACCUCAAAGCUCCAUGUGCAGGGGGUGAAGAGGCAGAGAGGCCGCCCCCGUGUGAGCGUGUGAGCCGAGGUAAACUGGGCAUCAGGCAGCUGCUGCUCAGACGUGGACUGGUGGCACUGGGAGCCGUGGUGGUUCUGGCUCUGGGGGUGGGGGUGCACUUCCUGGUACCUCUGCCUGAGACACUGACCGCACACAUCAACUCCACUGUGGAAAUGAAUGCAACAGAUGCCACACUGCUGUUCCCAAUGCAACAAUGA